AUGCAACCCGCAAUUAUAGCCCUCCCUAUGCAACCAACAAAUAUAGCCCUCCCAAUACAACCAGUAAAUAAUGCCCUCCUAAUGCAAACAGCAAAUACAGCCCUCCCAAUGCAACCAGCACAUAUAACCCUCCCAAUGCAACCAGCAAAUAUAGCUCUUUCAGUGCAACCAGCAAAUACAGCCCUCCCAAUGCCAGCAAAUACAGCCCUCCAAAUGCAACCAGCAAAUAUAGCCCUCCCAAUGCAACCAGCAAAUACAGCCCUCCCAAAGCAACCAGCAAAUAUAACCCUCCCAAUGCAACCAGCAAAUAUAACCCUCACAGUGCAACCAGCAAUUAUAUCCCUCCCAAAGCAACCAGCAAAUACAGCCCUCCCAAUGCAACCAGCAAAUAGAACCCUCCCAAUGCAACCAGCAAAUAUAGCUCUUCCAAUGCAACCAGCAAAUACAGCCCUCCCAAUGCCAGCAAAUACAGCCCUCCCAAUGCCAGCAAAUACAGCCCUCCAAAUGCAGCCUGCAAAAAUAGCCCUCCCAAUGCAACCAGCAAAUACAGCCCUCCCAAAGCAACCAGAAAUAUAG